AUGCUGUGUACAGAAGACACGCUGGAAAGGCUCCAAGUCAAGGGAAUUGGCGGGGAAUUGGGAAAAGGCGAUGACUACAAGCUUAGCUACCACGGCACAUCAAAUCGCAAUGGCGCUGGUGUCAUAUUGAACGAGACGUUUAAAAACAGCGUCACUGCAGUGGGUCGACUAUCGGAUUGUCUAAUGGCUCUAAAUGUAGACACAGGAGAAGUGGAGUUGCGAGUGGUCUCUGCUUAUGCGCCACAGGUGGGCUGUAGUGAAAAGCGAAGAAGAGAAGGCGUGCUUUUGGGAAGAUCUGGAGCAGUACGUCAAAUCCCUGGAGGAAAGAUGUACUUCGAGUCAGAGGAGACUUCAACGGACGUGUCGCUUUUCGGAAAGACGGCUUCGAGAGUUGUCAUGGAGGAUAGGGCUAUGGAGCUCGUAACGACGACGGGUUGCGAAUCAUGGAGUACGUCGUUGCAAGUGACUUGA